AUGUUUACGCUCAACGGAACUUACAAAUGGGUGGACGAAUUGCCUCGACUCGUGUCGGAUUACAACGCGCGCAAGCAUCGAACGAUCGGUAUGCGACCCGUCGAUGUUACCCCCGCGGUCACUGAAAGACUCUUGGCUACGGUGUACAGCGCGAUAAAGAUAGCGGGUCCUGCAAAGUUCAAAUUAGGUGACUCGAUACGCGUUAGCAAAUACAAGACGGUUUUCGAGAAAAGUUAUACACCGAAUUGGACCACCGAGGUGUUUAAGAUCGUUAAAGUGCAGCGUAUUAAUCCCGUAACCUAUCUACUCGAGGACUAUCGCGGAAAAUCUAUCGCUGGAGCGUUCUACGAGUACGAGUUGCGUCGCGUGAAUUAUCCGGACGUGUACCUCGUGGAGAAAGUACUGCGUAGGAGGGGUGACGAAGUUUAUGUGAAAUGGUUGGGAUUCGAUGGAUCACACAAUUCUUGGAUACACAAGGACAAUGUCAUUUAA